AUUUUUGUAUCUUCUUUUCUUGAGAACCUUUCUCUCCCAAAACCAUCUUCAUUGCCAGCCUUAUCUCUCCCUUUCUCUCACGUUUAUCUGUUGAAAAAGCUCAAAUUUUUUGAUUUCUUGAACUUGCAGAGUUAGAGAUAGAGAAAAAUAGAGCAAAUGGAAGCUGUUUUACAAACAAAAGGGCUUCUUUCUCAUCCUUCCAAGCCCAUAAUCAGGGCAUUUUACCCAAUACCUCAAGGGGGUCUUAGGCGUAGAUUCAAUUCUCUCAAACCCAAAUCCCUUGAAGGGUUAUCUCUAUCCUCUGAUGGGUUUCAAAAAGUUCAAAGCUUUUCAACAAAGCCACAAUUGGUUGGUCAAAAAAACAGAUUUUUCCCAAUUCGCAGGGCUGAGGCUGCUGCUGCUGAUGGAGAACCAGUGCUUGAAGAGAAAGAGUCACCUAAGUUCAUGGGGAUUGAGGUUGUGACCCUCAAGAAAAUUAUCCCACUUGGGGCUAUGUUCUUUUGUAUUCUCUUCAAUUACACAAUCCUCAGAGACACUAAAGAUGUAUUGGUUGUAACGGCAAAAGGGUCAAGUGCUGAGAUUAUCCCUUUCUUGAAAACAUGGGUGAAUUUGCCUAUGGCUGUAGGAUUCAUGCUGUUGUAUACAAAGUUGGCUAAUGUGUUGUCAAAGGAGGCUCUUUUCUAUACUGUUAUCCUUCCCUUUAUUGCUUUCUUUGGGGCAUUUGGUUUUGUUUUGUAUCCUCUUAGCAAUUACUUUCACCCUACAGCUCUUGCUGAUAACCUUCUAAACAUUUUGGGUCCACGGUUUCUUGGGCCAAUAGCUAUAUUAAGGAUUUGGAGUUUCUGCUUGUUCUAUGUCAUGGCUGAACUUUGGGGAAGUGUGGUGAUUUCAGUGCUAUUUUGGGGAUUUGCUAAUCAGAUUACUACAGUUGAUGAGGCUAAAAGAUUCUAUCCUUUGUUUGGACUUGGAGCAAAUGUUGCUCUUAUUUUCUCUGGCCGUACAGUGAAGUACUUCUCGAAUUUAAGAAAAUCAUUGGGUCCUGGAGUUGAUGGUUGGGCAGUCUCCUUGAAAGCAAUGAUGAGCAUUGUAGUGGGGAUGGGUGUUGCUAUCUGUUUCAUUUACUGGUGGGUGAAUCACAAUGUUCCUCUACCGACCCGUAGCAAGAAGAAGAAGGAGAAGCCUAACCUGAGCACGAUGGAGAGCUUGAAAAUUUUAGCAUCUUCAAAGUAUAUCAGGGAUCUUGCAACAUUAGUCGUAGCAUAUGGGAUUAGUAUCAACCUUGUUGAGGUUACAUGGAAAUCGAAGCUCAAAGCUCAGUUCCCAAGUCCGAAUGAGUACUCUUCCUUCAUGGGUGACUUCUCUACUGCUACUGGGAUAGCUACUUUUACGAUGAUGCUGUUAAGUCAGUGGAUCUUUGACAAAUAUGGUUGGGGAACAGCGGCUAAGAUAACACCAACAGUCUUGCUUCUUACUGGAGUUGGAUUCUUCUCCCUGAUUUUGUUUGGUGACCCCCUUGCCCCGACCCUUGCUAAGUUUGGGCUCACUCCUCUUCUAGCAGCUGUCUAUGUGGGUGCAAUGCAAAACAUUUUCAGCAAGAGUGCAAAGUACAGUCUGUUUGAUCCUUGCAAAGAAAUGGCCUACAUUCCUUUGGAUGAGGACACCAAGGUUAAAGGGAAGGCAGCAAUUGAUGUUGUCUGCAAUCCACUGGGGAAGUCCGGAGGUGCCCUGAUACAGCAAUUCAUGAUUUUGACUUUUGGUUCACUUGCCAACUCAACUCCCUACCUUGGAGGUGUGCUCCUAGUAAUUGUCCUUGCAUGGUUGGCAGCAGCCAGGUCUUUAGAUGGCCAAUUUACUGCUCUGCGUCGUGAGGAAGAGAUCGAGAAGGAAAUGGAGAGAGCAGCGGUGAAGAUUCCUAUUGUGUCACAAGAUGAAAGUGGAAAUGGUUCUCUUACAAGUGACUCAUCGUCACUGAAUCCCACGGGAGGUGACUCAGCCGGUGCUUCAACUGAAUCCUCCUCCCCAAGUAAUCUGUAAUAUCAUUAUUGGACAUCAUCAUCUGCAAAGCAGGAGAAAUAUGUAUGUUGGUAGCAGUUUCAACUAUUGAAUGAAGUUUCCAAGAAUUUCUUGGUCGUAGGAUUUUCUUUUUUUUUUACUAGAUAGAAAUAAACACAAAUAGAAGACAAGAAUGGUACUGACUAAGAUGUUGUAAUCUUAUUGCUCUCUUUUGAGUUCUUUGAUUAGAUGAUAUGAAAAUGCUAUUACCUGAAA